CGAAGCGGCAGGGGGCGCAAAGCCGAAGAACAGGAAGCGGAAACUUCGUCGCAGGUUUUGUUCUGUGCACAACGGUGCGUCAAAUCCAUCCAAACACGGCGGUAGAAAGUUCCGAUAAACUGUGGAACUCAAGCAUUGUUAACACAUCCGACAAUGGCCCUUGAAUCGCGUAUUACACAGGAAGAAAUCAAGAAGGAAACCGAGAAGCCAAUCGACAGAGAAAAGACUUGUCCCCUUCUCCUGCGAGUUUUUACCACCAACAACGGCCGACACCACCGCCAAGAUGAAUUUGCCCGUGGCAAUGUUCCUUCCAGUGAACUGCAGAUAUACACAUGGAUGGACGCUACUCUGCGUGAGCUGACCAGCCUCGUGAAGGAGGUGUACCCGGAGGCCAGGAAAAAAGGAACCCAUUUCAGUUUUGCCAUCGUCUUCCCUGACCUCCGAGGGAAGGUGUAUCGCUUUAAAGACAUUGGCAACACUGUGUCUGGCAAGAAGUGCGCUGACGACUCCAUGACACUGCAGUCUCAGCGCUUCCAGAUUGGAGAUUAUCUAGACAUAGCCAUCACGCCUCCCAACAGAGCUCAACCCCUUGGACCGCGCAUGCGGCCCUUUUGAGCGAAUACAUUCUUGACAAACCCACUCCCAUUGUUCCCCUUUUUUUAAUCAUCUUAAGACAUUUUUGGUCACAUCUUGUAUAGUAUGGUGUUCGAUAAACGUUUUCCCUACCAUUUUGAA